CUCUCUCUAUAACUAUUUUCUGUAUCUAUUUUACUAGUAUACUUCUUUUUUUUAAAAUUUCCGAACUGCCGGCAGAGCAAGUCUCUCGUUCUUAAAAAUCUGUAUCUAUAUAUCUAUAUAUAUCUACCUAUAUUUUUUUUUCUACUGUGAGAAUUAUUACAAGUAUGGCGUCGUCAAAGGUGAUGGCAACAACAUCGCCGGCGAAUCAGGAUCGGACACGUCAUCAAUCAUUUGUCUCCUCCGAUCACAACAACGACAGUAACAAUUUCGCUACUUCAAUGAAUAUGGACGAUCUAUUAAAAAACAUAUACGAUCAAUCUCCGGCGAGUUUUCCGGCAAAUGACGGUACCGGUGAUCCAGAGAUGACGUUAGAGGAUUACUUAACAAAAGCCGGAGGUGUCCGAGAAGAAGACGCUGGAGUGAAGCUAGCUCUGGUGAAUUCCGAAUAUUCCGGUGUAAUUGAUCCGAUUAUGUGUGCCGGUGACGGAGCUAUGACCGUUGUUCCAUUUCAAGGUGUGCCACGUCAGCAGCAGCACAUGCAAUUUGCCACCGGAGGUGGUGGAAGGGGGAAGAGGAAGAUUGUGGUGGAAGAUCGGCCGGUUGAUAAGGCGACUCAGCAGAAGCAAAGGAGGAUGAUUAAAAACCGAGAAUCCGCCGCGAGGUCUCGAGAGCGAAAACAGGCGUAUACGGUCGAAUUGGAGUCUUUGGUGACACAAUUGGAAGAAGAGCAUGCUAGAUUGUUGAAAGAAGUGGAUGAUUUGAACAAGGAGAGGCUUAAACAGUUAAUGAAUAACUUGAGGCCAGUUGUGGAGAACCAAAGACCACCAAGAGUUCUUCGAAGAACUAACUCAAUGUGAGCGAACAGUUUCUUGGUUAAACUUAAACGUCUACCAUCAAAAUGACGAAUGAAAGUUUUAAGGAAUGAUUCACUCAUUUGUAAAGAGAGAGGUAAAAAGGACAAAAGGUGGUGAUCAAGUUAUCUACGGUGCAUAGUGGUUAGGGGCCCAAAGAAAAUAGCAGCAAGAAUUUCUAAAUCCUCAACUAAUUUAUAUCUACUUACUCAUGUCUAAUGUCCUUACUUCUGCUAAGUUUAGGAAUCUUGUUAUGUGAUUAUACAAGGGAGUAAAUGGCCAUCAAAUUUUUUAAUCAAAUAGUCUUUCGCUUUAAUAAAUGUACUUUGUUCAUCAA